CGUCAGAGCCGCAGCCCGGGCUGAGUGGAACGAUCCCCGGCCCCCGGGAGUGCGGGGGAAGGGCAGCAGCCUUGAGCCUCCCCGCCUGGUCGGGCCCCGAGGCUGGGGGGGAAGGGUUUUCUUCAAAGCCCGGGGACCUCGUCUCGCCUGGAGGGUCAGAUUUGACAGCAAUGUCGUGUGUGCCUGUCUGCAAGGGAGGCCUCCUCUGCUAAACUCAGCCCUCACCCUCCUGGCAGCCACGGGAGGGCCUUUCAGAAAAUGAUCACUUAUUUGAAUCCUAGAUACAAAUUAAUGGAAAGAGGCCAAGAGGAAAAAUAAUCUAUAUAGCGCUUUGAUUAAAAACAGCCUGUUUAUCUCAGCAUGGAUCGAUCUAGGUCUCGUUUGGGGGGAGGUGAUGAACAAGCCUCUCCCCUAGAACACAGACAUGGUGAAGAUGAGAGACAGUGGCAGCAGGAGCGCCUUAGCAGAGAGGAGGCCUAUUACCAAUUCAUUAAUGAACUCAGUGAUGAAGACUACAGGUUAAUGAGAGACCACAAUCUUCUUGGCACUCCUGGAGAAAUAACAGCAGAAGAGCUACAGCAACGUUUAGAGGGGGCAAAGGAGCAUCUAGCAUCCCAAACUGAUGUAGAAAAUAGGGAAGGUGAAGGAGAAACUGCUGGAGAUUCAGAGGUUCUUGGGGAAAAUUCAAAUGGUGACUCUCUGCUAGAGUGGCUGAACACCUUUCGUCGCACAGGAAAUGCUACUCGCAGUGGACAGAGUGGGAACCAAACUUGGAGAGCUGUGAGUCGGACAAAUCCAAAUAGUGGGGAAUUCCGGUUUAGUCUUGAAAUCAACAUAAAUCAUGAACAUACUAGUUUUGAAGCUUCUGGUGAUGAAUAUAUGGACAUUUCACACUUGGGUACUAGCACAAUGCAUAUGGACAAUCGACAUCAAAGAGCAGUCAGUCCAGUAGCUACACGAACUAGGAGCAGGACCUCAAGAGAUUCUAAUGGUGAAACUUCUAACACUGCAAGGACCAGAACUGUGAGAAAUUCAGUGGUACAAAGCGCUGAAGAAACCUCUUCUCCUGUCUUGGGAAGGCUCAGAAGCAGAACUAGGGAGUCAUCAGGCCUUUACAGAACAAGAAGCACUGCACGUAAUAUUUCUUCAGACACUGGUGAACACAAUGUUGUUAGGCGAAGGGAAAUGCAAGAAACAGUUACAUCCACUGGUCUCCAGAGAGGUAGAGCUAGAGCUAAUGUUCAGAUGAAUACAAGACAAAGACUAGGAAUUCUAAGGUUAAGAUCUACUUUGAGUAGUCGAAGCCGUUCUCCAUUGCAAAGACAAGAUGGCUCUACUGAUUCUGAGGAGCUUGGUCUGAGGCAAAGUAGGAAUUUACAGCAAAUCUCUAGAAGGUCUACUAGGAGAUAUACAGCUCAGCCACCCUCUGAGCCAGAUGAACAAACAGUAGGUAGUACACAGACGCCACAAUUUUUUAAUUCAGCCCCAACAUUGGGCAUAACAUUGGAAGAGGAUGAAUCUAGUAGAUCAACAGCUGCCGUUAGAAGACAUCCAACUAUUACACUAGAUCUUCAGGUGAGAAGAAUUCGUCCUGGGGAAAAUAGAGAUCGGGAUAGUAUUGCUAGUAGAACGCGCUCUAGAGUGGGAAUGGCAGAAAACACAGUUACUUUCGAAAGUGAUAGUGGUGGAUUUCGCCGUACAAUUUCCCGAUCAGAACGUGCAGGUAUACGAACCUACGUUAGCACUAUACGGAUACCUCUUCGUAGGAUUUCAGAAACUGGGGUUGGUGAACCUUCAUCAGUGGCUCUUCGGUCAAUUCUAAGGCAAAUUAUGACUGGUUUUGGAGAACUAAGCUCCUUAAUGGAGACUGAAUCGAAUUCAGAAAUUCAGAGGGGCAGUCAGCACUUAUCAGAUAUGCAAUCAGAGCUGAAUAACUCUCACACAGGAAAUGAUAAUAGUGAAUUAAGUGAGACUUCAAUUAGGCAUAGAUAUGUUGAAGAAGGCAGUAGUGAAUCAAAUGGAGAGAAUGAUGGGACUCAACAUUAUAGUCUCAAUAAUGACAAUCGGGAGAGCAGACAGUCUCAAGAGGCAAACAACUUGGUUGAAAAUGGAACACUGCCUAUUCUUCGUCUUGCACAUUUCUUCUUGCUAAAUGAAGAUGACGACGACGAGCACUUGAGAGGUUUAACCAAAGAGCAGAUUGACAAUCUGUCUACCCGGAACUAUGGGGACAGCCACACAGAGAGUGAAAUAAGUAAAACAUGUAGUGUUUGUAUCAAUGAAUAUGUAACAGGGAACAAGCUAAGGCAGUUACCAUGCAUGCAUGAGUUUCAUAUUCAUUGUAUUGAUCGCUGGCUUUCUGAAAAUUCUACUUGCCCCAUUUGUCGGCAGCCUGUAUUAGGGACUAACGCAGCAGACAAUGGAUAAAGUUAUUUAUAUUGUUUAGUAUUUAAUGAAUUGCUAUAUUUAUGGUGAGCCAAAUAGGAUAAAUUAUAAUUUGGAUAAGGGUACAUUUGCGUGGAGAUUUGUUAGACUUGUUUAAAGAUAUAGGAAAGUUGCCUAAACUUAGUGUAAAUACUACGUUUCUCCUUCCAAAGUGCAGAUCUAGUAGUAUGUGUUAAAGCCAAAUGAUACUAAUAAAAUUUAUAUUUUUUUAGGUAAUAUUUUUAUGCUAAGCACUUUUGUAAAUAUAGAAAUGUAAUAGUUAAUCAGUCCUGCUAAAUGUAUGUUUGUUUUUAAUGGUGUACUCACUUUAUUUAGAUUACACAUGGUUUCACACAGGCUAACUACUGUGUUGAGAAAUUGGUGUCUAAAUAGCCAUUCAUUAGCUUUUUGUUCUAAGAACAAUUUCUUUGUUUGCUAAAGAUAUUUAAGUUACUUGAAAUGCUCAAUUUAAUACACAGUAUAUUUUUUUAAUAUUGAAAUAUCCUUUCUGAAAACCUGCAAGUUUGGUUCUAUUUAAGCUUCUUUAUAGCAGUUUUUGCAUGUGGUUUUACACAAUGCUUAAUGUUCACAAGUUCUUAUUUGAAAGUGGAUUGGAUUAGUAACAUUUUGAAAUGUACAUAAUUCUAUGCAGUGUCUCUGACAGUCGCUGUCUUUCAAUAGACGGCAGUCAGAUCAGUCAAAAUGACAAUUCUAAGAAUGCCUGCCUCAUUUGAACAUAAACACUUGUUGAAAAAAUAAACAUUUUAAGAGGUUU